ACGUUGGAUCGCACGUCGCCCUACCGAAUACGUAUAUACGAUAUAUAUAUAUAUAUAUGUGGGUUCACAGACUAUAAUCUCUCCAAUACACAGAAUCAUAUUAUAUACGCGUUCACGUCGUAAUAAAAGCAUUUUUUUUCUUCUUUUAUUCGCACACACACACACACUGGUGCGCUCGCGUAAAUAAAUAAUUAAAAAUAAUAAAAGCUCUGACCGUUACGUAUACAUGACAUGACGUAUCAUAUAUGUAUAUGUAUAUAUAUAUAUACGUGUGUACGCGUAUAUAGCGGUUCUCGGUAAACAGUUUAAUGGGAUAUUUUUUUCUUUCUUUUUAUACUGUAAACAGAGACGACUGCUCCAGUAUCCCAUCCCUGGCAACGGUUGCUAGGGCGCCGCCUACGUCAUCAUCCCUUCGAUUAUUACGUUCGGCACCCGACUACCCUCUUGGGUGUGUAGAUAGUAUUACGUUAGCGUAGUAAUUUUUAUUAUUAUUUUAAAGAAUGUAUACUCAAAUCAUUUACAUACACCGAUGUUUCACGGCAAUUGUUUUGGUGAAGAGAAAAUGUUAUCGCGUAGUGUACUAUCGCGAAUAAGCCGACGUCGCGGUUAACAUCGUCACGACUUCCAGGCAGCGGGACGUCUACACAACGCGAAAUCGUACGCCGCAGCAGUGUGGAAUAUAUACUGCAGUUAUCUAUGUGAUUCGAUAAACGACUAUUGUGGUAUUGUCCUUCAAAGGCAAAUUCUUUAAGGAAUGAUCAUAUACUUGUUAGAUAUCUCAAUAGUUUUAAUGAGUAUUUUACAAGGCACAUCGUGUAUAAAUUGCUUUAAAUGUUCGUCUUUGAAUGGAAGUAAUGCAAAUUGUGAAGACCCGUUUAACCCAGCAAUGUCCACGUACAUAGAAAAGUGCAUGGUUCCAAAAAGAGGCCAUGUAGGAAUGUUUCCAGCAAAUUUUUGUACUAAAAUCAUUGGAAGAAAUGUGUUAACCCAUGAAAUUAUGGUCAUCAGACAAUGUGCCAUGAAAACUAUGGACUCUCAGUGCGGUGAAUUCAAAUACCAAGACCAUACCAUGAACGGUUGUAUUCUCACCUGUGAUUUCGACGGGUGUAAUUCAGGACAAAAUAAUAAGCCUAAUACUAUGUUACAAAUUACGCUUUCUGCGUUGCUAUUAUUACUAACAUCAUACUAUAUCAACAAAACUAUUGAAUGUUUUCAAAUUACUUAGAAUAACUAUUUGACAAAAACUCAAAUAUCUAGCUUUUCAAUGUAUAUUUUAUAAUUGUUAAGUAAUUCAUCCAUUCUUUAUUGUUAUGAUAUUAUUAUUAUUAUUAUUAUUACAUUAUAUUACAUAUUAUACAUACAAGUUAAAACCGAAAUAGGGACGAUAAUAUCACGUAACCUUAUUUUUUUAAAUAAUUAUUAUAAAUUACAAUACAACUAUGUGUUCUUAAUACCGUUCUUCCCGAUUCCCGUUAUUAUCUAUCAUCUAUAUUUAUCUACCAUAGUUAAUAUUAUUAUUAUUGAAAAUAUCGAGUAUUAAUCUUGUAUUUUCUUAGACCUAAAACGAAUGAUGUGUCAAGUGCCAUUAUUUGUUUUUAUGUUUACUAUUGUGUAACAUUUGAUACCUACAGGUGGCUGGCCUGGUUAGGUAUACUUAUUUUGGGUUAAUAAUAAUAUUAUAUACAAGCUUCUAUAUAAUUCUAUUAUUAUUAUUAUUAUUAUUUUUAAUUCCAAUCCUUAUUUUGCUAAAUUCAUUAUACGAUUAUUAUAAUACUAUGGUUAUGCUAAUAUAAGUUAGACGUUUAAGUAAAUCAACGCUGUGAUUAUUUUGAUCUAAAUUGUAAACAUUUGAUUACCUGGUUAUUAGAAGGAUAAAUUGUUAUUGAAUCGAGCAAAAUUAUGAUUUUAAAUUAUUAUAGUUUACAUUUGUUGAUUAGUAUUGUAGACGAUAUUGUGUCCAUAAUUAAAAGUAGGUGUAUAUUAUAUUAAUGUACGUAGUAUUUAAUUGCUAUUUAAUUGAUUUACUUUCAUAGUUUAUCCUAUGAAUUCUUUGGAAAUGUUAUAUUACAGUUGUUUAUAAAUUAAAGUUAUUUUAUUUGUUUACUGUAUUUUGCUAUUUUUUAUUCGUUUAAAAACUAAAUAUUGAUAAAAAUAUAGAAAAAAAAUUAUUCUAACUUAAUAGUGUAAUCCUAUUUAUAUGUGUAAAAAUUAUUGGUAUCUACCUAUCUUAUUUAUGGCUGUAUAUUGUAUGAUAUCGUAUGUAUGACUAAACUUGAUAAUUAUAUGUAGGAACAAAUUAACAUACCUACUUAGAGAUGUAUGAUCAAAUAAUAAAUAAAAAUGACCAAGUUGCGGUUAUUGUUUAAAAUUGUGUA